UCUUCCCUCUGCUAUAUUUCAGGUGCUGCUGCUCUCAGUACCUAUAUAAACCCCCGUAGUGCCUAGUUCUCCUUCCCUUGUAAUCUUUUCCUCUCCUUGUCCCCUCUCACCCGUCUCCUCGCUCUCCGCGAAAACCCUAGUUCUUGAUACCCUCACCGGUUCUUGAAACCCUUGGGAGUUGGAAGGAGAAGACAUGGAGGGAUUUCCGGGAGGGGCGACGGAUUUGUCCCAGCUCCAGUCCACCAUGGAGGCGGUCGAGCACGCUUGCUCUUCGAUCCAGAUGCAUGUGAAUCCAGGUGAAGCAGAGAAAAUAAUCCUCUCACUGCGUCUAUCUCCUCUGCCAUAUCAGUCAUGCCGAUUUAUUCUUGAAACUUCUCAAAUACCAAAUGCAAGGUUUCAGGCUGCUGGUGCAAUUGGUGAUGCUGCAAUAAGGGAAUGGGGAAUCCUUACAGAUGAGAAUAAAAGAAGCUUGAUAUCAUUCUGUUUAUGCUAUGUUAUGGAACAUUCUGGGGCUGCUGAUGCUUAUGUACAAGCAAAAGUUUCUGCUGUUGCAGCGCUGUUGAUAAAAAGAGGCUGGCUAGAUUUUGCUGAAACCGAGAAGAUGGCUAUCUUUUCCGAGGUGAAGCAAGCUAUUCUGGGCAUCCAUGGCAUGAAUGCACAAUAUACAGGGAUCAACUUCUUGGAAUCCUUGGUAUCAGAAUUUUCACCAUCAACCUCAACUGCCAUGGGGCUUCCCAGAGAAUUCCAUGAGCAGUGCCUAUUAUCAUUAGAGUUGAAUUAUUUAAAGGAGUUCUAUUGCUGGGCCCAGGCUUCUGCAUUAAGUGUCACUGAUAAAAUUAUAGGAUGUGGUGCAACUGUAUCCGAAGAUAAAGUUUGUUCUGCAGCAUUGCGACUAAUGUUUCAGAUUUUGAACUGGAAUUUCAGACAGAGUACCAAUACUCUUGGUCAUUCCAUUAACAAAAUAAGUGCAUCGUCAUAUGGAAUUAGACAUGAUGCGGUACUUCUGAAGAAGUAUGAGCGUUCCUUGGUACAGCCAGGGCCCAUAUGGAAUGAUGUUCUGUUAUCAAGUGGACAUACUGUUUGGCUCUUGAAUUUGUAUGCGACACUUAGGCAGAAGUAUUCAUCUGAUGUGAUAUGGAUCGAUUCUCCUCUUGCAGUUUCUGCCCGGCAGCUUAUAGUUCAACUAUGCUCCUUGACAGGGACUAUAUUUCCUGCUGAUAAUGGAGAGAUGCAAAUUAAGCACCUAAUACAGAUACUAUCAGCUGUUCUUCAAUGGAUCGAGCCCCCAAAUGUUAUCUCAGUGGCAAUCCAGAGUGGAAGAAAUGAAAGUGAGAUGAUUGAUGGUUGCCAUGCAUUGCUUUCACUGGCAACUCUGACUAGCACCGUUUUGUUUGACAACCUCCUAAGGUCUAUAAGGCCCUUUGGCACAAUUCAUCUCCUGUCAACCUUGACAUGUGAAGUUGUUAAAGCCCAUACAGUUAUCCGUGAUGAAGAAGAAACAUGGGCUUCAGAGGCUCUGGAUAUUUUAUUAGAAAUAUGGAGUGUUAUUCUUGGGCGAACAGAUACUGAUAAGGACUCGGUAUCUACUGAAGGGAUAUCUGCAGCUUCCAAUUUAUUUAAUGUUAUUGUGGAGUCACAUCUGAAAGCUGCUGCUGAAUCUGCCUUUGAUGAUGACGGCGAUGCGGACUACUUUCAUGCCUCUAUUUCAAAACGAGAUGAAAGGUUAGGCUCCUAUGCUCUUAUUGCACGGGUUGCAGCUGAUGUCACUGUUCCUUUUCUCAUAAAAUUAUUCUCAGAACGCUUUGCUCUGAUUAAUCAGAGAAACAACACAAGUGAUCCCACUCAAACCUUGGAAGAACUUUACUGGCUCCUGUUGAUAACUGGUCAUGUCCUUACUGAUUCAGGAGAGGGGGAGACAAUGCUUGUUCCAGAAGCAUUACAAGUUGGAUUUUCAGAUAUAUUGGAAGAGGCACAGCAUCCUGUAGUUGUACUUUCCUGGUCCAUAAUACAUUUUGCUAGACACAGUUUGGAUCCAGAAAUGAGAAGAACAUAUUUCAGUCCUCGACUCAUGGAGGCAAUAAUAUGGUUCCUUGCUCGAUGGGUUGAUACAUAUUUAAUGCCGCUUGAUGCUACCAAAGGGCAAAUUAGCACACCAGGUCAUGAACAUGGGCAUCCACAUGGAUAUAAAUUGUCUAAGAAAGUUUUACUUAGUUUUGCUGGAGAGCAUAAUCAAGGAGUGCUUGUGCUUGAUACCAUUGUUCGUAUUUCCAUGAUGACACUUAAUUCAUACCCUGGAGAGAAUGAACUGCUGGCAGUCACAUGUCAAAAACUUUUUGUAGCACUUGUUCGAAGGAGAAACAUCUGUGUUCACCUAGUUGGUUUGGAUUCGUGGCUUGAUCUUGCAAGAGCCUUUGCAAAUGAAAGGACUUUGUUUGCAAUAACAGCUCGUCUGCAACGUUCUCUUGCACAAACACUUGUUUGUGCAGCGUCUGGCCUGAAAGAUUCAGAGGCAUCCAAUCAGUAUGUGAGGGAUCUUAUGGGACCAAUGACAGCAUAUCUUGUAAAUAUCUCUAAUAGGAAUGAUCUGAAAGCUGUUGCACAGCAAGCGGAUGUGAUAUAUAUGGUCUGUUGUUUGUUGGAAAGGUUGAGAGGUGCAGCUAAAGCCACUCAAACCCGAACUCAAAAGGCUAUAUUUGAGAUGGGCUCUGCUGUAAUGGCCCCUCUGUUAACUCUUCUGGAAAUAUACAAAAAUCAGUCUGCAGUUGUGUACCUGAUUCUUAAAUUUAUGGUUGAUUUCGUUGAUGGACAAAUCAUAUUUCUCAAUGCUCAAGAAACUUCCAUCUUGGUGAGCUUUUGCUUGCGGCUGCUUGAGAUUUACUCUUCCCAAAAUAUUGGUAAGAUCUCGCUGUCUCUUUCUUCUAGCUUGCGGAGUGAGGCACAAGCUGAAAAAUACAAGGAUUUGCGCGCUUUGCUUCAACUCCUUACAAAUAUCUGCUCAAAAGAUUUGGUUGAUUUUUCAUCAAGUUCAGAUGAGUUAGACAGCCCAGAUAUUGCUGAGGUCAUUUAUGUUGGUCUGCAUAUUGUUACCCCUCUGAUAUCUUUGGACCUUUUGAAAUACCCUAAACUCAGUCGUGAUUAUUUUGCACUUGUCUCACACAUGUUAGAAGUGUACCCUGAGAAGGUUGCUCGGUUAAACAAGGAAGCUUUUGCACAUAUAAUUGGGACACUUGACUUUGGGAUUCACCAUCAGGAUACUGAUGUUGUUGAAAAGUGUCUGAGAGCAGUAAAUGCUCUCGCUUCCUACCACUACAACGAGAGAAAUGCAGGCAAAGAAGGAUUGGGUGCACAAAACACAGAUUCUCAUGGUUCGAAUGGGAAGCUGCAGGACAGCAUCUUGAGCCAUUUCCUGAAGCUGCUUCUGCAGUUGCUAUUAUUUGAAGAUUUCAGAAUGGACCUUGCUGGUUCUGCAGCAGAUGCUUUGCUUCCGUUACUUCUCUGCGAGCAUGAUCUGUACCAGAGGCUGGUGCAAGAACUUCUGGAGAGAGAGGCAAAUCCUGCUAUGAAAACGAGACUUGCAAGUGCGUUUCAUUCUCUCACAAGCUCAAACCAGCUCUCCUCAUCACUUGACCGACCAAACCGCCACAGAUUCAGAAAGAAUCUCCAUGGAUUCUUAACUGAAGUUUCAGGUUUCAUGAGGAUAAAAUAAGUGGCGAGUUGGUUUGGUGGAUCUUUUCGGAUCACAUUGUUGGUGCCUCAUCAGAGCUCACGGUUCUACAAAAAAAUUUGGAAUUGGUAAAAGUGGCACAUAAAUAGGAAGAGAGGAUGAUGCCGUUGAUGAUAUUGUGGACUACAUGACUGGAGGUCUUCGAUGUUAUAACUUUGUAAAUUUCGAAUGGCUGAGAAUUCUGAGGGUUCUAAUCACAAUGGGGGAGGAGAAUCUUGAAAAUAGUUUUUCCCCUUCUGCUCUUGGAAAGUGACGGAAAAAUAUUGCAUUGUGAACUAUUGUUGCAGCAGCAAUGUAUACCUUGUUGUGCUUCAAACAGAAACUACACUGGAAAGAAAUUGUGUAAGUGAUGUAACCUGGUUUUGAUUUGUCUUGAAGAAUUCGCAUACGCACACUCCUUCGAUUGUGUGCGCGUGGUGGCC